GUCAGGAUCCGCUUCACCAAACGGGAAGCAGCGACUGCAGCUUCGUAUUUCAUUCGGUAAAACGGUUAAAGGCGAGACUGGCACGAAAUAAAACAGUCUUCGCCUUCAGCCAAAAUGAUCCACAGCCUGUUCUUAGUCAAUGCCUCCGGAGACAUUUUCUUGGAGAAGCACUGGAAGAGCGUGGUCAGCCGCUCGGUGUGUGACUACUUCUUCGAGGCACAGGAGCGCGCCACAGAGCCAGAGAAUGUCCCACCCGUGAUCCCCACACCACACCACUACCUUAUCAGCGUGCUCAGGCAUCGCAUCUUCUUCGUCGCAGUCAUCCAGAGCGAGGUGCCGCCGCUGUUUGUCAUCGAGUUUCUCCACAGAGUUGUCGACACCUUCCAGGACUAUUUUGGAGUGUGUACAGAAGCUGCCAUCAAAGACAACGUGGUGGUGGUGUAUGAGCUGCUGGAGGAGAUGCUGGACAACGGCUUUCCACUGGCCACAGAAUCCAACAUCCUCAAAGAGCUCAUUAAGCCUCCCACCAUCCUCCGUACAAUGGUCAACACCAUCACAGGCAGCACAAAUGUUGGUGAACAGCUUCCCACAGGCCAGCUGUCAGUGGUGCCAUGGCGACGCACCGGGGUCAAAUACACCAACAAUGAAGCCUAUUUUGACGUGGUGGAGGAGAUCGAUGCCAUCAUUGACAAAUCAGGCUCCACAAUUACAGCAGAAAUCCAGGGAGUCAUCGACGCAUGUGUAAAACUGACGGGUAUGCCAGACCUCACCCUGUCAUUCAUGAAUCCUCGGCUGCUGGAUGAUGUCAGUUUCCACCCCUGUGUGAGGUUCAAGCGCUGGGAAGCUGAGAGGAUUCUCUCCUUCAUCCCACCAGAUGGAAACUUCCGGUUGCUCUCCUAUCACGUCAGCUCUCAGAACCUCGUGGCCAUCCCAGUGUACGUUAAGCACAACAUCACCUUCCGCGAGGGAAGCUCUCAGGGACGAUUCGACCUGACUCUGGGCCCCAAACAGACCAUGGGCAAGGCUGUGGAGGCGGUCCUGGUCAGCAGCCAGCUGCCCCGCGGCGUCCUCAACGCCAACCUCAACGCCUCCCAGGGAACGUACACUUUCGACCCGGUCACAAAGAUGUUGUCGUGGGAUGUCGGUAAGAUCAACCCACAGAAGCUGCCGAGUCUGAAAGGAACAAUGAGCCUACAGGCCGGGGCCUCCAAGCCUGAUGAGAACCCGACCAUCAACAUCCAGUUAAAGAUCCAACAGAUGGCCAUCUCAGGGCUGAAGGUGAAUCGCUUGGACAUGUACGGUGAGAAAUAUAAACCUUUCAAAGGCAUCAAGUACAUGACAAAGGCCGGCAAGUUCCAGGUCCGGACAUAAAGACUCCUACUGUGUGACCACCGGACCAAACCAAACCACAAUGAGACUCAGAAGGUGAUGUGAGGGGUGAGGGGUGGGGGGGUGGGAUGGGGAGUUGGUACAUUCCCUGUGUAUAUGCAUUUCAGGAUUUACCUGCACAAACCGGAGGUGGAAAAGGAGCCGUUAUCACUUAGAAACAUCGUCAAAGCUGAUUACAGGGCAAACGCAGCUCAUCCCCAUGUACUGUAUUCGACUUACUUUCCAUGUCUACUUUAAAUCCUGAGCCCAAAUCAAAUUCAAGAAGUGUGAAGCUUAAUUUUGUCAACAUAAAUUGCAUCAUUUGUCGUGAUUGUCUGGAUAAAUGUGUGUGUGUGUGUGUGUGUGUGAGAGAAUUAGUUUUUCUGGUAAAUCAGAGUAAAACUCCCCACGAAGGACAUGAAACAAUAUUUUAUCUGUUGAUUUGCUGGAUGUGAAAAUUUGACUCAUGUUUAAUUUGUGUCCUCAUAAUCAGACACUUAAAAACUUCCCACGUCUGUUUCCCUCUGUUACUGUGAUGUUUCCUCUCAGCACACUGAUGUCUGUGACACUGGAGCGAGUCAUAAUGCUGGUACUAAUGUUUCCCUAAUGAAUGCAAGUGAUACCAAUGCAGAGGGACCAAAGGAGAACUUUGGGUGCUCGUGUUCACCUGUUUUUAUUCAACUUAAAUUAUUAUUUAUUCCGUUCCGGCGUCACAACAACCUCGCAGACCAGAGAAACGGUAUAAUGUGCAUCCUAAUAUCUCUUUAUAACAUUAUGAACGUCACCAUGGAAACUGGAAUAAUCUGGAUACACCUUUCUGAGAGUCAGUUUGAUAAAUAAACAAGGCGACGGCAAGUCAGCUCGUGAUCAUA